CUCUAUAUUAUUUCCAUCCCAAUCACCCGAGACAAGUCCUACAUCUCGUGCCACCACCCUGUGUCAGCAGCUCAGGCCCAAAAGUUCCCAUUGGUGCAUAAACUCGAAUCCAAGGUCACCAGCCUUGCGCUCAAGGGGUGGACCAAGCUCUCCACGUCCAAGAACUCUGUCAACGUCCGCGUCACUAAGUUCGUCCAGAACCUCUUGGAUUCCAUCCUGUACGAAGAGAACUGUUUGACGUCAUUCCCUUCCAAAAGCACCAUGGUGCGAGAGAUCAAGCAGUCGAUCCAGCAGGAGACCAAGUUGAUGCAGACCGAAAUAGACAACCUCUCCAUCCCCUUGGACCAGCUCAAACCCAUCACCGUGUACCACCCCGAGUUCCAGUCACCCGAGGAAGUGUUGGCCCAGAUGCAGCGGUUCCGUGCCAACUCCUACCAGCACCACAAGAAAUGGGCCAUUCUAAGCGCCAUUGCCGUGCCACUCACCCUUCCCUUUGCAUUGGUGCCUGUGCUCCCCAACAUCCCAGGCUUCUACGCCGCGUACCGGCUCUACUGCAACGUGAAAGCCUUGCUUGGGGUCAAGCACUUGGACUACUUGUUACAGUCCGAUACCCACCACCUCACCUUUAAGGCGGUUCCCGCUUUGGAUAAAGCAUACUCCCAAACGGAAACGGGAGAGAUGCUCCUCACACAAAACACCAUCGAUGACCUCGGCAGUCUUGGGCUCGACCACUUGAAGAGCGAUCUCCAAAAGGCAUUGAAACAAGAAGCCGCUAAGCUA